AUGAAUCUCCAAAUCUCCAAUCUCCAAUCUCCAAUCUCCAAAUCUCCAAAUCUCCAAUCUCCAAUCUCCAAUCUCCAAAUCUCCAAAUCUCCAAUCUCCAAUCUCCAAUCUCCAAAUCUCCAAAUCUCCAAUCUCCAAAUCUCCAAUCUCCAAAUCUCCAAUCUCCAACAUCUCAUAUCUGAGCCAGCUUCUCCACGGGCCAAAUACUAUAUCUGCGAUGCAACAGAUAUUGAGUAUCAGGAUAAACGCCCAUUUGCUGCUGGUCAUGUUGGCUACACAUAUUUGACGAUUGUGGGUGCGAUGUCAAAUACAUUCAUGCAGGAUGUUAUGGUGAGCAUCUGUGAAAUAAAACCUCAGAGUGAAGACAAGGUCGCUGCAAAUACUGAAAGGAAACUCAUAAAGCACUCUUGUCUGGUGGUAGAUGAGGAGUACAAGAUGGCAUGCUAUGUUCUGCUCUCUGGACUUUGA